AUGUUUGCAACCAACUCCUCUGCUGCCCAAGACAUGGGAAAUGUCGAGCCCACAGGCCAAGCCAAUAAUGCGAUUGCUCUAAUUGCCGACGAUGUGACGAAUGAUAGCUCAUCGGAGCUUGGAGAGAGCAUUGCUUCUUCAAGCACGAGUGUUUCAAGCUCUAUUCUCGAUUAUCGACUCGAGAAUGGCCGAACUUACCACAAGUAUAAGGAUGGCAGUGAGUUCAAAUUGGACCUGAUGAUCGUUAGCAUUAGAUUCUCAAGUUCGACAGAAUACAGCUUACCCAACGACGAGAAAGAACAAGAUCGACUAGACCUCCAGCACAAUCUGUUCUUGUUGACCUUUGACAAUGCCCUGGGCCUUGCGCCACCAAAUGCCAAAGAUUCGAAGGCUAAACGGGUGCUCGAUAUCGGGACGGGCACUGGUAUUUGGGCAAUUGACUAUGGCGAAGACCACGAAGACUCCGAGGUACUUGGCGUUGAUCUUUCGCCGUCAAUGCCUGAAUUUGUUCCCCCCAAUGUCAAAUUCGAGAUCGACGAUCUGGAAGAAGAGUGGACCUUCAGCCAACCCUUCGACUAUAUCCACAGUCGCAUGAUGAACUCGGCCAUCAAUGACUGGAAGCUUUUCCUCAAGCAAGCCUUCCGGCAUCUAACUCCUGGCGGUUAUUUCGAAAUUCAAGAACCCGACCUAUUCCCAAAAUCUGAUGACAAGACCUUGAAGCCAGACAGUGCCCUGGCGAAGUGUCUAGACCUCAUGUACGACGCAUCAGUCAUGAUGGGACGCCCGUAUCAAGAGAUCCCCCCUCUUGUCAAGGUGAUGGAGGAGGUCGGCUUCGUCGACGUAGAGAUGCAUGUCUUCAAGUGGCCUUCUAACUCCUGGCCCAAGGAUCCCAAAUACAAGGAAUUGGGAAUCUGGAACAACGAAAACUUUCGCAAUGGAUUCGAGGGUUUUACCAUGGCCCCCCUAACAAGGGCACAUCAUUGGACCAAGGAAGAAGUCCAGGUGUUUCUCAUCGACGUACAAAAAGACUUGCGAGAUAGGAAUGUCCAUGCGUACUGGCCAAUCUAUUCUGUGUUUGGGAGAAAGCCGGGGGAAGACGAGGGAGAAUCCACCUGA